GUUUAGGAGCGGCUGAAAGAGCGACUUACUUGUGGUGCUCAUUUACUUGAAACAGACACGCGCUCAAGAACAUGAUCGGGCCGGCGGUCGAAGCGGCCAAGGCGGCCAUCGGUGCCACGAAACACAUCGCCUUCGCCCGCACAUGGCGGUCAAACACCCUCACGGCCGCUUGGCCCAAAGUUGGGCACCGGUCCAACGUUUAUUUCUGACAACGCCAGCAGCACUGUUUGUUUGCAAUAAUUGCGUUUCGGCCUCUUUUAUAUAUACACGAAGACAAUUUUUUCCGUCCACUUUUUUCUCAAAUUUUGAUAAAUUUUCUCUGUUACGUAACAAAUUAUAUCCACGUAACACUUUUUUUAAAUCAAUGUCAAACUCGAGAAUUUUUUUAACAAGUAUUAAUUAAAAAAGCAAUUAUAGAAUAAAAAGUUAAUCAUAUCUUUGAUACUUAAUCCAAUAUUUCAAUUAACCGCGGAGAAAAUGAUGUAGAGACGCAAGUGAAACAAUGAGGAGUAAUUACCAUUUCCCAUCCGUAUACAGGUCGCGGCACAAAGUCAUUACAGUUGUAUAUCGUUGCGAGUUGGAUUGUUAAUUCCUAUACUCACUCAGCGGCAAACAACGCUUCCACUUUAAUUCUAGUGGUUACAUAUUAUAAUUUAUUCUCAACGACCGAUCGCUCAACCCAGCGACUGAUUGUGAUAUGAGCCGCUUUCGCUUUUUUUCUAUCUGUUGAGAUCUCCGAGAUCAGCUGAAAAGAGACGCGUUCAAAGUCAAGGUGCCUUUUCGCGUCUCGCUUGCUUAAUGUACUUAUUGCGUGCGUGUGGUUAGGGCAAUUUAAAUUGAAGAAUAUAUGACCAGAACAGUCUAUUCUUCAUUUAAUUUUGCAAAAAUUGUAUGUAGUUAUUUCAUGCAUGGGUUGAGUUUUCAUAAAAAAAAAUACACUAUUCAUGAGAGAUUUUUAAAUUAUGGACAUUAAAUUUUCUUGCGGAGAAAAUUUCACUCGCCAGUCGCCGACAAUUGGCUGCAAUUUAUUAUUCAGCCUGAGAAGUUUUUUGCAAAGGGUAAUUUGUAUGCCACUCCUUAAUUUCGGAAGAUUAAAUCCGAAGAGAAGAUUAAAUUUCUUUUUGCGAACCGGCUAAUAAAUUAAAAUUAAGAAAGCUUUAGUGCAAAAAUAUUUCCAUCCAAGUUUUUCUGUAACUUUUAUCGUUUUCAUCCGUCGCUGUUAACCUUGGGUGCUUAUCUUUGAUGCUUAUUUUUAAAUUAUAUUUCAAAGAUACAUUUUUCAUACAUUUUAAUAUUCAUAGCACUGGCGUGAAGGGAAAAAACUGGAUUCUAAAUUCUAUAGAUCAGGGCUUAAAAGACCUACUGAAAUUAGUUUUUUUAUAUAGUUUAACUUUUGUUUAUGGCCUGCGACCUUCUUUUCAUAAGCCAGACUUGGCGAGACAAAAAUAAAAACAUUCAGCUAUUUUGCAAAAUAAAAAUAUGAAAAAAAGUUGAAGUGCUGAACAAAAUCCAAGAGCACUCUUAAUAGUAGGCAAGGUCCACCUUGUCAGAAUUAUUGGUUUAGUGAGAAGAGGAAAACGAAAUAAUAAUUAAUAAGUCAACCGCGAAACUUGCUGCGGUCUUUUUAAUAUUUGAUGUUCUGGAAAAAUUCUCGCGGUGCCUUUUUUCCAACAAUUUCUAACAACAUUGUUUUUCUCAAAAAUGUUAUCAACAAAUUUGUAGCAAUAAAUGAAUAAAAAAAAUAUUGUGCUUGAUUUAAUAAAAAAAUUAAUUUAUAUAAAAUAUAAAGACAAGUGAGCUUCUUCAUUUAAUUUCAUGAAUUCUGGCUACAAAAAAUGAACAUCCUAGAAAUUAUUUAAAGGGAAUGAAGCUGGACGAUUUUAAACUGCAAAAGUGUGGCUUCCCUUUCCAUAUUUGAGAAAAAGCUAAUCUCUCUUGAAUCAGACUUUCCUGACUGGAAACAAAUUAGCGAUAGACUUUUUGAAUUUUGUGCGGCCUUAAACUAGCAGCGUUUUCAAUGCAGUCCGCAGAGGCGCGAUACUUUCCAUUUAAAUAAUGACUAACAGAGAACGCGGAAAAAUAAUGUAGCAAGAGUUAGUACCUUUUAGAACUUUAUCCAACGCACACAGCUGCAUAUUUUUGCAGCCAGAGAGACGCGCACUAACGUAAGUGUGCCAAUAAAAUGAUUAAAUGCACGCAACGGUUUCGCGCUUGCGAUAAGCGCCACUGUAUUUAUCCUUAAUUAAUUUCUAGCCUCUGCUAUUUAUGCUUUGUUUUCCCUCUCGAUCGUAGCAAAACAUAAAUAAACAAACAUCAGCCGAAGCUAGUUGUGCAAAUCGCUGCGAGCACAAAAACAAUGCCCGCUGAAUUUGCGUUGCUGCAGCCUGAUAUAAUUAAUUAGUCAAUUCGUAAUAGUUGAGCAAGUGAGCGGCGAGAAAUCAAUCGCGCUCGCGGGUGUGUCAACGAUUAAUAUAUAAACAGCGACCGGCGGCUCGAUUUUUUUUUCUUUCUCCCGCACCCGCCGUGUGCACUAUUAAUGAGAGAGUGAUUGAGCUGUUAGGUAACGAGAGCAUUGUCUUUCGCGGUGAUGACGCGUGGGUGGGUAUAAAAUAAUAAUGAAAGUGCAACUGGACUCGAGCACGCGGCGGGACUGAAACAUUCCGCAUUUGCAUGGUCUGGUGACAUUGAAUUCGCAAUCAACUCUCUCCGAAUAAGAGAGUGUUAAGCUGAAAAGUACACACAUUUUAGAAUGCUGAGUAACUUUAUUCAUAAAAAAAUGCAUAAUUAUCUCUCAUGUAUUUUCGGUUUUAAUUUAUUAAAAUGAAAUCACAAUGUAAUUAAUUUUUAUUUAUGAAAACGUCAGUUUUGUUUAAAGAGGUUAACUAGACAUUUUGCUUUAACAAUCUUGCCUGAUUUCAACAUUUAAUUUUGGCAGCGACCUCGCUUUUCGUGUGGCAUAUUUUUUAAUCAUUAUGCCACUUUUUAGCUUCCUGUCUUUUUUUAAAUAGUGAUAAAAAAUAGAAAACUCAUUUAAAAAAUAUUAAAUUAAUAUUUUAAUAACUGUUUUUUGCUGAAAAGAAGAACCAAUUUUAUUUUUUAUAUUAACUUUCUUUCAAAGUUAUAUGCUUAAUUUUAAAAUGUUUCAAUAAUGCAUCAGCAAAAAAUGCAAACAAACAGAGCAUUUUAAAAGAGAAAUUUUUUUCAAAAUAUACUGUUGAAACAAAAAUAUUUAUCUAGAAAACAAGUGCAAUUGAGUGGUUAUACUAUUUUUUUUUGUUUUAAAUAAUAGUAUAAACAUAAAUAAUAUUUUUUUGAGAAAUUAAAACCCAAAGAAACUACCCAAAACGGGAAAUAAUUAAAUUAGUACUUGUGACUAAUCGAGUAAUCACCCUGACGUGGAAUUAGGUUUCAAGACGCGAGAUAUUUGAGACAAAGCCGGUGAAAAAAAGUUCCUGUUAUAAUAAUAAACAAUCUUAAUUGAGGGUAAUUUAAAGAAUUUUAAUUUUGGGAAAUUUUCGCCCUCAAUUUAGAUUGUUUAUUAUCAAAAAAGGAAUUCUCAAACUUUUUUUACACCGACUUUGUCUCAAAUAUCUCGCGUCUCGGAACGUAAUUCCACGUCAGGGCGAUUAGUCACAAGUACUAAUUUAGUACAUUAUACUGUUUAACAUUGUACAUGUUGACAAAAUAUAUUAUUCGCAUCCAAAUUUUGCCUCUUGCUGCUUCUGCCUUAUAAUGCUGCAAGUCGUUCUAAACAAAUAAAUUAUAUUGUCAAUAUUUUUAUUUUAUUUCUUGCUUCAAUUUUCCAUUUAAUGUUGUUGUACUUUUUUAUAUUAUAUCGCCAUAUUUAAUUAACGACAAUAUUUUUUUUUCAUCGCGACUUGAUAAAUAUUAUUGUUUUUAUGAUUUGGAAAACAACAGAGUAACAAUGUGUAUAAAUUAUAUAAAGGAAUGUUUAACAAGACCUGCAACGCACACAGAGCUCUCGAACACACAAAUUAAUCAUUUAUCUCGAGAACAAUUAUCUUUCACGCGCCACUCUGCAUCUGAAGAAGCUCUGCCACUGUGUUCUUUUCAAGUCCUCUCCUAUCUAGCAGCUGCACCAUGAACAGAGUCGCGUCUGCCGUGGUGGCGCACGGCCACUCGGUGUCAGUGGGUCUUUGUCAAGGCUACUCGGCCGUUUUGCUGCCACAGCUGUCUAGCCCUGACAGUGACUUCGGGGUCAUCUCAGCCGAAGCUGCCUCUUGGCUAGCGGCAUUGGGUGUGAUCUCGAAUCCUCUUGGUGCCUUGAUCGGUGGCACACUGGCCGAGGUGCUUGGUCGCAAAAUAACCCUUUUGAUCUCUGCACUGCCUUAUGUGCUCGGAUGGUUGCUGAUAGCGGCCGCCAACGAUCUGUACUGGCUAGGAAUUGGGAGAUUUGUCACAGGAUUCGCCGUUGGUCUCGGUUCCGUGAGCUACGUUUAUGUGGCCGAGGUGAGCCGCCCUGAGCAAAGAGGCACUUUGGCAGCGACGGGUCCAGUGCUGGUGUCCCUAGGCGUGCUACUGGCCUACUCUCUAGGCGCGUUUUUGCCCUGGCGCGUGGUUGCUUUGGUCGCCGCCCUUGUUGCAGUGUGCACUGGGCUGAUGGCGGUCAUGCUGCCUGAGAGUCCACCCUGGUUGGUGUCUCACGGGAGGGAGGAUGAGGCCAAGGAGGCCUUAAAUUGGCUCCGAAACUGUCCUGACAAAGCGUCUGCUGAAGUGGACGCCAUCAAAUGCAAAGAAACCGCCGAUGAAAAGUUUUCUUGCACCAGUUUCUUCAGAAUGGCUCUGGAGCCGUGUGUGUGGAAGCCCUUCUUCAUCCUGGUGGCCUUUUUCUUUUUCCAAGAGGCCUCUGGCAUAUACGUCAUCCUGUUCUACGCCGUGGACUUUGUUCGGGAAGUGGGCGCCGGGCAGGACGAGUCGCUCGUGUCCAUUGGAAUUGGCCUCGCGCGGCUCGUAAUGAGUCUUGUUGGUGCCUUUCUCCUCUGCAAAUUCCCUCGCAAAACCUUGGCCGCCGCCUCGGCCCUGCUCAUGACCCUGGCCAUGGGUGCCACCACCGCCUACGAGUUCCUCUUCAGCUCAUUUCACUUCCAAGACAGGAUUUUGAGUUGGAUUCCAGCCUUUGGGGUUUUGAUGCACGUGUGUGUCAGCAUGCUGGGGAUGCUUCAGCUGCCCUGGAUCAUGACCAGUGAAUUAUUUCCCCUUCGGGUGAGAAGUGUAGCGGUCGGCUUGGUGACCGCCCUGGCCCACCUCCUCAUUUUCGCGUCUGUCAAAACCUACCCUGGUUUGUUAUUCUCCUUUGGGCUGCCAACCACCCUAGGCAUGUUUACGACGGCUUCCCUUUUUGGUGCAGUCUUCGCCAUUUGCGUGUUGCCAGAAACCAAGGACAAGACAUUAGGUGAGAUCGAAAGCGAAUUCUCGGACAAAAACAAAAGCGACUUCGAUCGCCGGUUUGAAAUCUGCACCGUCCAAGACUGUUCUGUGAAACUGAGAAAUUUUCAACUCAAUAAUGUUUGACUGACAUUUACCGUUUUUAAUUCAAGGAGUGGAAAAUGCAUUUAACGUUGAGCGCUGGUUCGCAGUCUGAUUUAAAAAUCUAGUCUCUUCAUUAGAUUUGUAAGUUGCAGAUUUAUUUUUGAAACAACUCACCAUUUUAUUUAAGGAUAAGGGGUAAACUGACAUUCUCAUGAGAAAAUGACGAUUUAAAUUAUUUUAUUUAUUUUUGUUGCAAUUCUUUUAUUAUAUAUAUUUUAUGAAAAUUCCAAAGUUUAUGGACAAAAUUUUCAAUAUCGUGGUCUUUAGAGUUUAUUCUUGAAUCUGUUUUUUAAAUAAAAAUGAACUCAUCCUUCAUAAUUAAUAUUAUUUAAUUUGU